AGCGCAUUUUGACUGUAAUGUCAAUUAUCGACAGCGAAAGAGAGUCGUGUGUGUGCUACACAAUGCGGAAAAAUACGACACGCAUCUUUUGUUAGACGCCGUAGAAGCCUUUUCGGAUAGAGAGUUAAACUGUAUCGCUCACAAUACUGAAAACGUUUUAAGUUUUUCUAUCGACAACCUCGUGCUUUUGGAUUCUUAUAAAUUUCUGAACGCUUCCCUAGACACCUUAACUAAAAACUUGAAAGACAAAGGUAUCGAGCAUUUUCAUCAUUUAAGAGAACAGUAUCCCCAUCACGUCGAUCUCUUGACAAGAAAAUUACCGUUCUGCUAUGAAUAUCUAAGCAGUUUUGAGGUAUUAAGCGAGCCGUGUUUACCCUCCAAAGAUCGGUUUUAUUCUUCGCUGAGCGAGGAAGGAAUUUCGGAACCGGAUUAUGACUUUGUUCAACGUCUUUGGCAUACGUUUGACAUGAAAUCGAUGAACGAUUUUGUUGAGUUGUACGUGUCGGUAGACACCUUGCUGUUAUGCGACGUCAUGCAAAUGUUUAGAUCUAUGUGUAUGACAGACUACGGUAUUAAACCGUUUCAUUUUGUGAGUCUACCGGGUUUCUCGAACAUGUGUUGCCUCAAACUCACCCGCGUACAAUUACGACUCUUAACUCACCCAGAUUUAUACGGGUAUUUUGAGAGAGGUAUCAGAGGUGGAUGUAGUUUCAUCGCCCAUCGAUAUUUCAAAAGUAACAACGUGUACAUGGGGGAUGAGUAUGACCCAACAAAAGAGACUGGUUAUUUGUUGUACUACGACGUCAAUAGUCUGUAUGCUACUUGUAUGACAGAGCCCUUGGCUGUGGGGAACUUUGAGUUCCUAGAGCGUGACGAGUUUGACAGUAUUGACUGGAUGUCUGUCCCUUACGACGGGUACUAUGGUUAUGCGAUAGAAUGUGAUCUGACAAUCCCUCCGCAUUUACACGAUUUCUUCUCUUCAUUCCCUCCAGCACCAAUGCAUAGGAACAUACCACUGAGCGAAUUUUCACCUUACUGUGAAGAUAUUUUGCAAGAGUUAGGUCUAUCUAAAACCAAAUCGAGCGGGAAAAAAUUAUUUUGUACACUGUAUGACAAAAACAACUACAUCGUUCAUUUCGAAACGCUGAAGUGUUAUUUGAGACUAGGUAUGCGAGUGAAGCAUAUUCACACUGUAGUUAGAUUCGCUCAGGAGGCAUGGAUGAAACCUUACAUCGAUGUCAACACGCACAAACGUAAAAUAGCUACUGACAGCGCAUCCAAAGAUUUUUACAAACUGUUGAGCAAUGCGUGUUAUGGAAAACAGAUUGAAAACUGUAGAAAGUACAAGGACAUUCGGUUGGUGAACGAUGCUAACAUAUUGACGAAAUACUACGAGGAUGACUGUUAUUACAGCAACAAUUUGACAGCAGUAUCGUUUGCUUUAGAAGUAGUAAAAUCGACACAAUUGUCUGACGUCGAUGGACCCUGUACUAUUCAGCUGUCGAGUUAUAAUUUUGCGAUGCCCCUCCCUAAGGAAAUGAAAACAGAGAAACAGAGGCAAGAUUUCAAUGAUAUCCUCGAUGGAUACUAUAUCGCAGCAUUACGCGACGGUAUAGAGAUGAGGAUAAAAGAAAAUAAGUGUCCAUGUUCCGGAUGUGAAAUCGAUCAUCCUUCGCAACGCGAACACACGUGCCUCUAUCCCAAGAGCUAUAGUUCCGAGGUCGCGUGGUACUUUGAUGAAGUCCUGAAAAGUCUAUCGCACGAACAUUUAUUUAGAAAAUCGAAAGACCACUUCACGAAUCAUGUCAACACCGUUGUCAAUUACGAUCCGACACCUUUCCACGAGGAUGAAACCAUCUACUAUUAUGAUGUCGCCCGCAACAUCUCAAGGACAGACACCACCACCACCACCACCACCACCACCAGGAGCAGCACAAGAACAAACUCAGUUCAUUUACCCCCACCAAGUGCUUCAUCCACCCCACAAUCAUCCUCCACUCGACAUGCGACGAUAUCAAGAGCAAGUCAACAAUCACCCUACUAUACAAAAUCAAAUGUUGACUACUGGAGUCUGCUCCCGGUGCUGGAUAGGGGCUGGUGGGGGUUUCAGGACUGGAUGGGGGUUUGUUUCCAUCUUCGGAGGAGGAGGAUGGAUCAGGCAACGGAUGGCACUCCACUCAAGUUGAAUCCUUUUGCCAUUGAGAAGGCUAUUCAGGGCAUUGCUGGCGAUGUUGAAGAUGCCAAAAUAUUACGCAGUGGUUGUCUACUUAUUAAAUGUAGACGUCAGAAACAGGCUGUCAAUCUUCUUUCCACCAAAACCCUCGCAAAUGUUCAAGUUGUGGUUUCCCCACACCGAUCCUUGAACAGCUCAACAGUUCCUGUUGUGGAAUCGGCCAGUUCACAAACACCUCCCCACGAUCUACCAUCAUCUCAGUCGUCUAGGAUCACACAGUUAGAAACAAAUGUAAAACAAGUGGUAAAAACCAAAAACAAACCAAUCCCGGAAUCCAAACAGCCCCAAAGUGGCAGGAGAUCUAAAGGAUCUGAUAACCAGAUCCAGUUGUUCAACAAAUACGGUUCACUUGAAGAUAUGGAUGUGUCUGACAUCAGUAGUCAGAGAACACUUAGCCCGUCACCCUCCAGGAAACGGGCGGGGCAGAUCGCCAAUUAA